GAGCCGAGGGCCUGAUGGAUCAACAUUAAAUAAAACCAAUAUCAUGAACCGCCAUAUUUGAAUUGUCCGCUUGGAUUUCCAAGACCGCCCAGCAAACAAUGUCGUUCUCUAUUCCUUCUAUAGCCCUGCGCCGGGCAUUCCCUCGGGUUGCUCACACACACGCCACGCGAUGCAGGCGGCUGGCCACUACAGCGGAUCCAAAGCUGCCGUUGGCUGGUAUGCGGGUGUUAGAUAUGACCAGAGUUCUGGCAGGUCCAUACUGCACACAGAUUCUAGGAGAUCUUGGGGCCGAAGUCAUCAAAAUUGAGCACCCUAUCCGUGGGGAUGACACAAGAGCUUGGGGUCCGCCGUACGCGAAAUAUAAGGAUCUCACGAACCAACAUGCGCCAGGGGAGAGCGCCUAUUUUCUUUCCGUCAACCGAAACAAGAAGUCUCUGGGACUCUCAUUCGCCAGCCCGAAAGGCGUCGAGAUCCUCCAUCAACUGGCGGCGAAAUGCGAUAUCCUGGUCGAGAACUACCUCCCCGGGGGGCUGAAGAAAUACGGCAUGGACUACGAGACGCUCUCGAAGAUCAAUCCGAAACUUAUCUACGCGAGCAUUACCGGCUACGGGCAAACGGGGCCGUAUAGCAACCGAGCGGGCUAUGAUGUGAUGGUCGAAGCCGAAUUCGGACUUAUGCAUAUUACCGGCGCACGAGACGGCCCACCGGUCAAAGUGGGCGUCGCAGUCACGGACUUGACUACGGGGUUGUACGCAUCAAACUCGAUAAUGGCAGCGUUGCUCAGCAGAGCAAAUACCGGGAAGGGACAGCAUAUUGACCUGGCAUUGAGCGAUUGCCAAGUUGCCACCCUCGCCAACAUUGCAAGCUCAACCCUUAUUAGUGGAGAGAAGGACUCCGGGCGGUGGGGCACAGCGCAUCCGUCGAUCGUGCCAUACAAAGGCUUCGCCACCGCGGACGGCGACAUUCUCAUUGGCGGCGGCAAUGACCGCCUAUACGGCAUCCUCUGCCAGAAGCUCGACCGACCAGAAUGGGCGACCGAUCCCCGCUUUGUGACCAACGGCCACCGCGUCCAAAACCGCAAAACUCUCGAAUCCAUGAUCGAGAUCGAAAUGCGGCGCAAGACGACCGCCGAGUGGCUGCAGGUCUUUGAAGGGAGCGGUAUGCCGUAUGCUGCCAUCAAUGACGUGCAGGCGACGCUGAACCAUGAGCAUGUGCGCGCGCGGAACAUGGUGGUGAAGGUGCAGCACGAGGCGUGUGGGGAGAUGGAGUUGGUGAAUACGCCGGUAAAGUUCUCGGAUAGUCAGCCGGGGGUUCGGACGCCACCGCCGACGUUGGGGGAGCAUACGGAUGAGUUGUUGAAGGAGUUCACCAAUUUGUCGGAGGAGGAUGUGAGGGCGUUGAAGGAGGAGGGGAUUAUUGCAUAGGCAUCCUGGACUUAUACCCUACCACAUGGAAUUUUUACCACAACUCCGGGGGCUUGCAUUACGCAAUAUACCAUUAGUCCGAACUACCAUGGUCUACUGGGACCGACGCGAUCAUGAACAUAUUUGUGUCUAUAGUCUUCCCUAACAGUAUGCAAGGAGAUUGGAAACCGUUACAAGAAACAUUUGCUUGAAGCGGUAGCGUCGUUUUCAGCUUCCCUUUCCAUCAAGAUAACUGUUAUGGAUCUCACAUUUUGGUUGAACUGAUAGUGGUGGUAACGAGUAAACCUUUCCUAGGUACGAGUAAAGAAGUUUCCAAGAGGCUUGAUAGGUAUGUGGAUAUAUUUAAGCAGGAUAGGUCAUGUAACCAAAGGAAAUCAACAG